GAAGAAGAAGAAGACAUGACAAGACUACUGACCACAUGGAAACAUUUCAAGAGGACAGCUUGAACAUAAUUUUUGGUAAAAAACAAGUCGUUGCUGUCAGAGUUGUGUUGAGCGUCCCUGCGAACGUCAGUGCUGUGCGGACGGCUGUCAUCGUGACGCACGGGACUGGAGGAGACAUCAACCAAAAGCAUUUGGUUUCUCUGGCUCGUGUUCUUGCGUCGAAUGGUCUGCUAUGUCUUCGCUUCACGUGUAAAGGUUUAAACCUGGUUUACAGAGUGAAGGCUUACAAUGCUGUUUUGGAACACUUGAAAUAUCUUAAGAAAUUCACAAUCAGACAAAUAUUCUUUGUUGGCCGUUCUCUUGGGGCUCGAGCUGCCUCUGCUCUGGCCAGGCAGCUCAGUGUUCGACCAGAGGAUGCAGUAGCAGGCCUCGUCUGUCUGUCCUUCCCACUACACCCCCCAGGACAGAGCCACGCCCAUCGCCAGCGGAGUGAGGACCUCCGGGGGUUGCCUACGGAGGUGCCUGUGUUGUUUCUGUCUGGCACUGCAGACAACAUGUGUGAGAAGAUCGUUCUGGAGGAUGUCGUUAAAGAGAUGAGGUGUCCAGCGACUGUUCGCUGGGUUGAAGGUGGAAACCAUGGGCUGAUAGUGACGGGAAGGACAGAGGAGUCUGUCCAGGAUGAAGUCAACGCACUUGUCUUAUCAUGGAUUUUGGAACGAACUGCAUGAAGCUGACUCUUGAUUGUAAAGUUGUCGUUGGUCCACACAUUCCAUAGUUUUAUCAGUGUAAUAUUCUGAAUAUUUUUUGUUUGUAAU